AUGCCUAUUAAGACUGUGAUCUGUAUUGGAAUGGCCGGGUCUGGUAAGACCACAUUCAUGCAACGCUUGAACUCCCACUUACACGCUGCGAAAACAGUUCCAUAUGUCGUGCAACUGGAUCCUGCCGUUUUAAACGUCCCUUAUGGUGCCAACAUAGACAUCAGAGACUCUGUCAAGUAUAAAAAAGUAAUGGAGAACUACAACUUAGGACCUAAUGGUGCGAUUGUUACGAGUUUGAACCUUUUCAGCACGAAAAUCGAUCAGGUCAUAAAGCUAGUCGAAAACAAGCGAGAUGUCCACGACUAUUGUAUAGUAGACACACCAGGUCAAAUCGAGUGCUUUGUUUGGAGCGCUUCUGGUUCCAUUAUCACUGAGUCGUUUGCGUCCAGUUUCCCUACAGUCAUAGCAUAUAUCGUUGAUACGCCCAGGAAUUCAUCGCCCACCACCUUUAUGAGCAAUAUGUUGUAUGCAUGCUCCAUCCUUUAUAAGACCAAACUUCCAAUGAUUGUCGUCUUCAACAAAACUGACGUCUGCAAAGCAGAGUUCGCUCGCGAAUGGAUGACCGAUUUCGAGGCCUUUCAAGAAGCCCUCAAGUCCGAUCAAGAUCUGAAUGGCGAGUCAGGCUUGGGAUCUGGUUACAUGGGCUCGCUUGUGAACUCCAUGUCCUUGAUGCUCGAGGAAUUCUAUUCGCAGCUAGACAUGGUGGGGGUUUCCAGUUUCACUGGCGAGGGUUUCGACGACUUUUUGAAAGCGGUGGAUAAGAAAGUAGACGAAUACGAAUCCUACUAUAAAGCCGAGAGAGAAGCAAUACUGAAAAGGAAAGAAGAGGAAGAAGCUGCUAGGAAACAAAACUCCCUCACGCAUUUAAUGAAGGACUUGGGGCUAAAAGAAAAGGACAGCAGCAGCGGGAGCAAGAAGCAAGACGACGAAGCUGACGUGAUCAGCGACAUCGAAGACGCUACCGAGAACGACGGACUGGUCCUCAGAGACGAAGACGAAGGUAUCGAGAGGGAGUACACCUUCGCUGGUGACAAUAGAACUAGCGGAGAAGUAAAUGGCAAAGCUACACCCGAUUUACAAAAACGCUAUGAAGAGGCUUUUGAGCAGGUUGGGAAAACGGCGAGCAGCGAGACUGCGCAAAACAUCUCACGUUACAUCAGACAGUGA